AUGGACUUGUUGAAGUUGGGCUCGCAAGCAAGAAAAACAGGGCUAAAAGCUCGCUCAAACAUUACCAAAGACAAAUAUGACAUGGAAGAUAUCGAUGAGUUCUUCGAAGACACCAUAUGGUCUGAAUCGAAGAAACCGACCCAAUCGAUUUCUAUCGACUCCAAACCAUCUCAACAGCACAGAGUGACUUCUUCAACUGAACUGAUGAACAGCAGGCGAAAGGUGCUUGGGGUUGGCAAAAUAAGGAAUUCAAACAAAAGACAUGAUGGUCCUAUUCUAGAUCUAGAGCGCUCAUAUAAACCGGAAGUCAAGCAGUCGACCAAAUCCGAUUUUGAAGAAAUUGAUCAAGAAAUUCCUACUUUUGCAGAUAUUAAUGAUCUUGAUGCUGAUGAAGAAACCAAUAACCUGGAUGAUCUUAAGAACAGAGCUAGCGAUACUAGCAUACCUUACGACAAUGAUAGUUCAGCACAUAAUGAGAGGCAAAAUUACAGCGAGUUCAACGAGAAUGGACAAGAGAGAACCGAAGUAGUUCUGGUGACUAACGAAAGUGGCGAUAAUACUCUUGAUUCGAAUAUUCUUGAUGGCCUUGAAAAGAACACGACACUCUCUCCAAUCAGACUACAGAUGAUAAAGAGCAGUAAAGAAUCAGUUGAGGAACUGGAAGUUGAGUCUACUCCAGAACCAGCAAGAGGAACUAAAACAGGGGGCAACUUUACAAAGAAUAUGGCCUUGUCACAAACAGCAAAGAAGAGGCACCCAAGGAUAUACGAAUCUGAAGAAGGUGAUCAAGAAUCCGCGGAAGAAAAACAGACUAAUUACUCUUCUGAUGGAGGUGAUGGUUUUGACUCUGACUUCACGGAGAGCCAGCAUUCGCAAGGUAGUACUUACAAGGCGACUCAGGUUGAAUCAUAUCAGGAUUCCCCUCUUCCGUCUCCACCACCAGAAGGACUUCGAAGAUCUAAGCGCACAAAAAUUGCACCUUUAGCAUACUGGCGAAAUGAGAGAAUCGUUUAUUCACGAGCUCAAACAAACACUUCGGACCCUGAUAGCACCCUUAUCAAUGAUAUUCGCAAAGUACCACUUCAGGAGAUCAGAGAAGUUGUUCAUAUUCCUGAAACUUCAAAGAAAAAGUCCACAGGCAAACGUGGGAGACCACCAAAGAUUUUGACUCAGGCUGGUAGGGGCAGAAAGCCAAAAUCCAAACCUGAAGACUAUGACUAUGAGUCAGAUCCUGAAAUUGAAGGUUCUGAGUGGUUCAAAGAUAAACUAAUGGAGGCUGAAGUAUUUGACAGUGAGGAGUCGCGUAUGAAAAUGGUUGUAGCUUGGUCGCCCGAUGGUGGGGAUUUCAAAACUGGUCAACUGGAGUUGGGAACUUUUAGAAUUGCAACACUUUUCAAUUCGGAUAAUGGAUUAGUUGGAGCUGGUUUACUUGAGUUUCCAUUGGAUGGAUUUAAAGCUUCGCAAACGACUGGUGAUUCUCUGUUUAUUUUCCAUGUUGCAAAAGGUCUUAUAAAAGUCACGCUAAGUUCCCAGACCUUCAUUGUCACGCGAGGCUGCUCUUUCGAAAUUCCGAAAAAGAAUACCUACGACUUCAAGAACAUUGGUAGGGGAAAUGCUAGGUUAUUUUUCGUUCAAUGCCACCUAUAA